AUGAUCCGACGUUUUAUAUUCCAUCAGGUUUUUAAAUUUCAAAAAUCCCCCCAAAAUUCCCCAAAAAAAAUAUUUUUUCAGAUCUACAAAAUUUUUAAUUUCUUCUGGCGACAACUUUUUCGUUGGAUUAAUUUAAAACAAUUUGCCCAGCUUUUGGGAAAUUUCGUUCUCGUCCUUUCCUUUUCGUUAAUUACCCCAGCUCUGCUACGCCCCGUUUUUGCUACUAGUUUUACAGAGCUGCGACAACCUUUAGAAUUUACGUUUAAAACUUGUAUGAUAGAAUUGGCUGGGGUUUGUUCUUUUCCGGAAGCAGAGUUUUGGGUGGAGGAGGUUCUCUAA